UUGAUGGACUCUGGUCUUUUUUCAACCCUAUGUAACUAUGUAACUGUAAACAUUUCAACAAUUUCCUUUUUUAUCUCAAAGCCCCUCCCUCCUUUCUAGUUUCGAAUCCCUGAUUCUGUUUACUGAGAGAACUUGCUGGGCUGAGUUUAUUCACUCUUUGUGUGUCGGAGAAGGAAGUCAAACUAUUAUAAUAUUUGCCUUUGCUUAUAGAGCUCACUGAUACGCUUUAUUACAAAUGCAGUCUUUAGUUUCUACUUUGCCUGUACAGGAUAGCUUAGUAAUUAAGAGUAGGGGGGUAUUAUAUUUAUGGAAUUAUUACACCUGGAGAAUCUGACAAACAACAUGGUGAAAUUCAUGGAACUUCUCUUUGUCGUAUUGACAUUAUACCUGACAACCUGUGGAGAAGGAGGAGGAGGAGGAGACGUCCCUCUCCCAGUGACUGGCCGUGUAGGGGAGACUGUCACACUGCUGUGCCCUCUGACUCUCACACAUCCCAUUGAUAGAGUCUCAUGGAUGUUUCAUGUCAAUGGGAAAAUAAUACUCCUGGCUGAAUUCAUAGACCAGAAGUUUAUCAGAGAGAAUGAGAAUUAUUUCCCCAACCGGCUGGAAGGGUCUAACAGUGGCACCGCAUUACUGAUCAGGGAGCUGAGAAUGGAGGAUUCUGGGAUCUUCACUGCACAAUGUCUUAUUAAUGGAAAAAUGAGAGGCAUUUCUUAUAAUCUCACCGUGUUGGAGCCUCUCCCCAUCCCUACACCAGUAAUAGAGAAGACAUUAGAUGGAAAUUCCACUGAUCUCUGCCAUCUUCAUUGUUCUGUCCCAUCAAACUCACCAACCCUGUCCUACAGUUGGACCUACAGAGAUACUGGCACUGACAGACUAUAUGCCAAUGGCAGCACAAUCACUGUAUCACUGAAGGAUAAGGCAUUGGGGGCAGAAUUUACCUGCUGGGUACAGAAUCCUGCUCACAGGAACAGCACAUCCGUCCCUUUAUAUCCAUGUGGGGAGGCACAGACAGAAGGAACUGGAAGAGGUUAUCUGAAGCCCUUAAUAAUUACCAUGAGUUUGCUCUGUGUUAUACUUGUCGUAAUCAUCAUCAUUAUAGCUGUAUGUAAAGCUGUAUGUUACAAAAGAAGACGAGUAAUGCAGGACAAAAUAACGCUGGGACAUGAUAUUAUAUACGUUGACAAUUCAUUUCCUGCCACAAGUACUAAUCAGGGUGAGCGUAACCAGAAAGUAACCAUUUACUGUAUCAUGGGGUGUAAGUCAACAAGGGAAGACCCAGGAUAUGCUGGGCUUUUGACAAACAAUGAAUUAAGCGAGGAGCUAUAGUUGCUCAUUGACUGAAACUGAGACAUCAACUGAGAGAUCAAUACCCAUAAAGAUUCCAUAUCCUUAGAAAGCAGCAAGAGAUUUUGAGCUGGAAGAUUUGAUUAAUCAUCUGAACGGGCAGUGAUUGCAUUGCUAGAUACUGGAGAAAACCAGAGCACACAUCCACAAUUAUAUUAAUUAUCAUAAAUAUCAUGUAAUUAGAUUAUUUUCUGUUCUUUUUCUGUGGGCAAACCUGUUUCAACUACAUGCUGGUAUGGGUUGAAGAACAACCUCUACUGGUGGGACUGGAGAUAGAUACAAAUCAUAUAGAUGGUGUAUGGGCUCCGCUCCAAAAUUAAUGCUAUUAGGGGUUAGUAGAGUCUCUCAACAAUAGUAUAUAGGAGAUGGUUGGCAAUAUGCCCCCAGUCUCAGGGUAACAAUUAAUUAUGAUAACAUUCAAAAAGUAAUUUAUUUGGAGAAAAGGGACAGCCUUUCAUGCCUUUUGUGGAACUUACUCAUAGGCUUACUCAUAGGAGCCUAUGAGUAAGUGCCCCAUAAGGCAUGAAACACAUUAGGGUGUCCCUUUUGGGCAAAUAAAUGACUUUUUGGCAGGGUUGGACUAGGGGGUGCAGGGGCCCUGCAGGUGCCCUCACUGGCCACAUCCCGCGCACCCACUAGGGACUCUGCUGCACCCCCUAACCCCCCGCAGGGGCCCCUGCUGAGCCUCCCUAACCCCUCGCGGGGGCCCCCACUGUACAUACUCCCCUGACCGCGUCAGUUUAACGCGUCAGGAGAGGAAAACCGUCGGCCGGGGGAGUGCCCGCAAGGGUCAGGUCUGGGCCACUGGGUUUAUUCCCGGGGUCCCGGCAGCCCAGUCUUACCCUGCUUUUCAUAAUAUUAUUUUUAUCACCACUUGUUUUAUUUGAUGGUCUUUGCAAUUAAGUCAUUUUGUUUAUAAUGAAUUGGAAAUAGAUACCAAGCUAUACAUUAAUUACCAAUGUCAACAAUGGGGAGACACUUUAUUUUGCAGUUUCUUUCUCUUAGGGCCUGUUGUCCCAACGAGAAGUGAGUGGUUGGGGUAUAUCCCCAGAAGCAGGUUUGUGACCAUCAGGUGAUUCUAAUAAACUAAUCAAAUAAAAUUCUGAUUACAUAGAUUAGUGAAUGACCAAUGAUAAGUUUUGAAUCACAAUAUAUUAAUGAUGUGUAUCAUGGGG